CGACCCCCGCCCCAGGGCCGCCGGGACACCUGCGGGCUCCCGGUCGGGAGCCACCGCCGCUGCCCAGCUGCCUUUGGCUCGCUGGCCCCCUUCCCUCGCGCCAUUACGCCUGGCGAGGGACCUGGGCGAGGAGAGCGAGCGACCGCGGCAGUGCUACUAGGACCGGAGUUAAGAGCACGGAGCCACAGCUCUGCAAACUGCCUGGACGCGCCUGGGGACGCCCCCGCCACGCCCAGGUCGCACCAGGUUCCAGCUGAACCAGAGUCGGGACGGAGGUGUUGCUGGGCCCCCAGGCUAAAGACUUUGAGUGACAAGUCAAAAGAAGCGAAAGUAAAAAGCAAACCCAGGUCUGUUCCCUACUUGCCAAAGUACUCUGCUGGACUGGAAUUACUUAGCAGGGAAUAUCAAACACAGGAGGAAAAGUCAAGAACCAGAUAUGAAGAUACAUGGGCUGCACUUCACAGAAGAGCCAAAGAAUGUGCAAAUGCUGGAGAGCUGGUGGACAGCGAGGUGGUCAUGCUUUCAGCACACUGGGAGAAAAAGAAGAGCAGCCUGAUAGAGCUGCAGGAACAGCUCCAGCAGCUCCCAGGGUUAAUAGCAGACCUAGAAUCCAUGGCGGCAAAUCUGGCUCACUUAGAAGCUAGCUUCGAGGAGGUGGAAAACCACCUGCUGCAUCUGGAGGACUUGUGUGGGCAGUAUGAGCUAGAAAGGUACAAACAUAUGCAGUCCCAGCACCUGGAGAAUUACAAGAAAAGUAAGAGGAAGGAGCUUGAAACCUUCAAAGCUGAGCUGGAUGCCGAGCACACGCAGAAGGUCCUGGAAAUGGAGCACACCCAGCAAAUGAAGCUGAAGGAGCGGCAGAAGUUUUUUGAAGAAGCCUUCCAGCAGGACAUGGAGCAGUACCUUUCCACAGGGUACCUGCAGAUUGCAGAGAGGCGCGAGCCCAUGGGCAGCAUGUCAUCCAUGGAGGUGAACGUGGACAUGCUGGAGCAGAUGGACCUGAUGGACAUCUCUGACCAGGAGGCCCUGGAUGUCUUCUUGAAUUCGGGUGGAGAGGAGAACCCCGUGCUGUCCCCAGGGUCAGGGCCUGAAACUGACACCUGUCAGAAUGAAAUUACUCUUCAGGUUCCAAAUGCCUCGGAGUCACUGCCCGAGCCACCUUCCUCACCCCCUGUGUGCACAGAACCAGCCGCCCUGGACCCCAGUGAGGGCGGGGCGUGCCCCCUUGUCCAGCCUGACGAGGAGGAGGUUCAGGUGGACACCGCCCUGGCCACGUCCCACGCUGACAGCCAGGCCACUCCAGAUGCUAGCGAUGACAGCGACUCAAACCAGGACGUGUGAACCAAGUGUCAGCUGUGCACAGGAUCCGCCUGUAAAGCCAGGUUUCAUGGAGGUUCUUGGUUUUACACAAUUGCCAAUGAUGUGUGAGAGACUGACGGAGAGCUGACAAUAAAGUUUGGGGACUUUAAACACUGACUCGGGAGAGGAGGUAGUUUGUACGAAGCCUUCUGCCUACACACAUCCUCAAGGCCAGUGUAACCAGGGGUUGCUUAGAGCACAGUGAAGGGAUUCCCAGGUUCAGAGGGCCACUGAGGCGGCCUCCCGAGAGCAGGGCUGGGCCCCGGGUGCCACAGCGGCUCAGUCCUGAAUGAAAAGCCUUUUACAGGUACAAGUUCUACUUCCACUAAAAGGUAAGUGGUUGGACUCGGCGCUCUCAACGCGCGGGCUCAUGCCGAUCAUUGCACAAUCAUUUGUUGACCCAACAGGCCAAGCCCAACCGCGCUACCGAAACAUCUGGGCCCAAAGGAACAAACAUGAGGCGCAGGCAGCCUCCUCCUGCAGAGAACUGGCCCCAGGGAGCCCCGCAGGAGGAGAGGCUGGUGGGGGCGCACAGUGCAAGGCUCAGGGGGCAGCCCGGGCCAGCUCUGACCCGCCACUGGGCCACCAGGGCAGGUUGCUCAAGACCAUCCUCCGCCCACUGACAAGGAGAGAGCCCACUCGGUUCAGUCAUCUUCCACCACAAGACAGACAGUGUCCAAAAAACUUUGUUUUUAUUAUUAAACCUUGUAGUACAAACCUGAAAAGUAAACAAACUGGCAAUAAACCACAUGAAGUCUUCCCUCUCCAGGGAGGGUGCAGAGCAGCGCUAAUAAAUUAAAUGUCAAACUGUAAGCCAUAGGCGGAAGUUUACUGUCAGAGAGGGCAAGUACACAGCAAGGCCAUAAAAACCGGACAACCACAUUGGAAAACACUUGACUCUGUUUAUGUAAUUGUUAAAUAUUCCAAAACAGUUCAGUCUUCUCAACAACAACCAACAAAGUGGAUCCUAGGACGCUCCUGGCAGUCACCACUGGCCAGCUCAGUGCAAUAUGGGCAGCUACGGGACUGAUGGAUCCAAUCAUGAAACAAAGAACAGCUUGUGAAAACAGUUUCCCUUUUUUAUUCCACACAUACUGUACACACAACCGGAGAAGGGCAACAGCUACUCCAUUAUUAUCUUGUUGUUGUUGUUCAGUGAUGUAAGCAGCACUUAUAAAUGUUACAAGAAAAACCCUGUAAGCAUCCAAUCCAACCGAUGAAGAAACUGAAAUGUAAGGCUUUUCUUCAUCUUGUCUUCUCACCCCUCCCCUCCCCCCAAGAAAAGGCUCAAGUAUUUAAAACAAUUUACAGGCAUAUGUACAAAAGGGAUGGGAUUUUUUUCUUUUUUUUUUUCUUUUUGCUACAACAUGGACAGAAAAAAUAGACAAGAUGAGCGCAAAUGCAUUUUCACAUUCAAAAAGAACUGCAGACCUCCUAGUGGCUCUAGAUGUGAUCACAAACAAAACAAAUUCCAAAAGAAAGGUUAAUGCUGACUUGUGAAGGUGUGACACGCAGCAGCGAGAUGACCAUGGAAUGUCAGAUUGCACGUCGAUGGCACAGAAGCACGUGGGCUCCCACCGCUUCUCCUUCUUCCUUAAGGACGCUAUUGAAGGGUUUCUGAUAAAGUCGCCAACAGCACCAAAAAUAACAAAGGAUUUCCUAAUGAAAUCAGGCACAGGUCUCCCUCAGUGACCUCCAAGGCAGGCAGUCUUUGUCUUCGUCCUCUCUUCCUCAAACGGAUGCAUAGUGAUGUGCUGGUAACGAGAACCUAGUCACUCAAUUCCACAUUUUGCCUCUGGUUAGGAAACAACGUCCGCCUUCAGCUGCCAUAACUGCCCAACGGAACACAACGGGCUCUCCGGUUUACAAAUUACAAACUCAUCUUGCACAUGACAGAAGAAAAGACAGCCAAAGUAAAGCCAUUUCUUUUCAAGUUUUUUUUGUGUUUGUGUGUGUGUGUGUGUGCAUGUGUGCGCGCGCGUGUGUCUCCUAUCCCUUUUCCAAUCUAGAAAAAUCUGCUCACAUGACUGAUGGUUUUAAAAUUUGUUCUCCAAACUUCACCCUCUUCAAAAAUGGGUUAAAAAGCCUUUUUUUCCCCCAACAUUUAAAAAAAAAAAAAAAAAAAUCAAAACAAACAGGGCUUUUGUCAGCCACGGGGCGAUACAAAUUAAUACAGCCCCUCA